GGCUUUACCGCGCGUGUUUUGCUUGUUACAAAACUCAAAACAAGGAAGAAGCAAGGUGGCUACCGAUGAGUAACAAUACCACAUUCAGCUCUUCAAAUGCCAUAAAAGCCAAUUACAAUCAGUGAUCACGGUUUCCAAUCUUAUUUGCAUUAUAAUAAAACCCAUUGUUAUUUGUAUCCAUAUGGGUUAUUGAAAAGUGAAAACAGAAGUAUAACCCAUACAUCAAUAUUGUACAAAGGCCCAGAGGUGCUGUCUGCAGUCUUGCCGGAAAGUUCAGUCCUUGUCACCAACAACAUUGUAUACUUUUGCAGCCUCGCUAUACUGUGCAACAUCAAAGAUAAUAGAGAUGCAGAAAAAAAGUUCUACAAAAGAUUCAGUGAAACAGUUGAAGGCUAAAAAGAGCAAGCUCCUAGAGGAUGAUCACCAUGAUGAUUAUGCAUGCAAGAGGCAGAAGCUGCCUGAGGUGACUGGAGGAGGCAAAAGGUUGUCAGAUGCCAUAUGUAUUUCCCGCAGGGAAACUGCCUCAUCAGUUGCAGAGUUCAAAUUCAACAAGAAACGGGUCCGGAUUUUGUCCAAGACGGAGGAUAUUGUAGAUGGAUCAGAUGGUAUCCUUUACUGGAUGUCCAGGGAUCAGCGGGUACAAGAUAACUGGGCAUUGCUGUUUGCACAGCGUCUGGCUCUUAAGCAGAAGCUACCCCUCCAUGUGUGUUUCUGUUUGGUACCACGCUUCCUUGAGGCAACCAUUCGCCACUUUGGCUUUAUGCUACAUGGCCUACAGGAAGUGGCAAAGGAAUGUACUGAGUUGGACAUCUCCUUCCAUCUGUUAAUUGGUUAUGCAAAAGAUGUUUUGCCAGAGUUUGUGAAGUUAAACCACAUUGGAGCAGUUGUCACCGACUUCUCCCCAUUGCGGGUCCCACUACAGUGGCUGCAAGAUGUUAAAGAUAGACUGCCAGAAAGUAUUCCCUUUGCACAGGUUGAUGCCCAUAAUAUUGUACCUUGCUGGGUUGUCUCAGACAAGCAAGAAUAUGCAGCAAGGACUAUCCGCAAAAAGAUUCAUGAUAAACUGCCUGAGUUUCUGACAGAGUUUCCCCCUGUGGUGCUACAUCCUCAUUGCACCAAGAUCAAAACUAAGGAGGUGGACUGGGAGAAAGCACGUGCCUCUUUGGAAGUAGACCACACUGUGAAGGAGGUGGACUGGGCUAAGCCUGGAACUCAAGGAGGCAUGGCUGUUCUUGCGUCAUUCAUUUCAGAGAGACUCAAGCUCUAUUCAUCUGACCGCAAUGAUCCUAACAAAGAAGCACUCAGCAAUCUUUCACCCUGGUUUCAUUUUGGCCAGGUAGCAGUGCAGCGUGCAGUGCUUGAGGUGCAGAAAUUCCGUAGUAAAUAUCGUGAGUCUGUUGAGAGCUUCAUUGAGGAAUCAGUAGUAAGGAGGGAACUGUCUGACAACUUCUGCUUCUACAAUCCUAGAUAUGACUCCUUGGAUGGGGCCUUUGAGUGGGCCAGAAAGACCCUCGAGGACCACGCCAAGGACAAGCGUACUCACCUGUAUUCACGUGCAGAACUAGAGGAAGGCAGAACUCAUGACCCACUUUGGAAUGCAGCACAGCUGCAGAUGGUUCAUGAAGGGAAAAUGCAUGGCUUCCUGAGAAUGUACUGGGCAAAAAAGAUACUGGAGUGGACCCACUCCCCAGCAGAGGCCUUAGAAAUUUCCAUUUACUUGAAUGACAGAUAUGAGCUAGAUGGACGAGACCCAAAUGGAUAUGUUGGGUGUAUGUGGUCAAUCUGUGGAACUCAUGAUCAAGGGUGGUCUGAAAGAGCAGUGUUUGGGAAGAUUCGAUACAUGAAUUAUGCAGGGUGUAAGAGGAAGUUUGAUGUCAACCAGUUUGAGUGUACAUACAACUAUAAGAAAUUCACUCCCUGACUAUAAGAGCUCACUGGCUUGACUAUUUUGAAUUACAAAGGUUAAUUUUGACCCUGAUACCUCAGCAGGCUGGGUCUUAAAUAUGAGGUGUGUUAAUGAUUCAAUAGCUGUGGAACUUUCUAACAGGUUGUAGGAUAUGCACUUGUCUAAUCCAACCUGUCAAUCCUUGCUUCUUUUUUUACUGGGUAUCUGUUACUAAACAACAUUGCUUGCUGGUAGCUGAUGUCAUUGAAAGUCAAGACAGUAUUGACCAAUGACACUUAGGUGUAUGCUGUAUCCAUUCAUUUCUCUUACCAUUUCUAUAUCAUUUUAUGUGUACCAUUUUGAAAUAUAUAUUUGUACAAAAAUGACUGUUGCCUUUGUUCUUGGUGUUUUUGUUAAGAGUAGAUGUAAUCCUGUGUGGCUAGGCUGACAAAUACAAAGCACACCUCCUUUUGAAGCUUUGUAUGUUGCACAAUGAGAACAUAAUAUAUUCCAUUGAAAAGCUGAUUGGUAGGGGGACUAAGAUGAAGUAUUAGUAUUUAGAUGGCACAGGAGUAUAGUGUGUAGCACAGGUAGAAAAUGCCAAAUGCCUCAUGGAUGAACUACUUGAUGUAUUGAUGUGAUGGGCAUUAUGCCAGACACACAGUACAGAUAAAGUGUUGUAUGAGUGUUUAUGCAUUUUCUAGUAAUGCCGGGAGCAUUUUUGUAACCAGUGCUGCAAAUUUCAAUACUGAAUCAUCUAUUUGUAGCUAUUUUCACAAGUGUUUUUUUAUUUUUAUGUCCUUCAAGAGGGAAACUCCUCUUCUAUGUACAUUGGCAUGGAAGAAUUCUAGUUUGUCUUGUAUGACUAUCUGGCUAUAAUUUGCACUCCUGGGAAUUGGCUCUCAGGGCUAGUAUGUUACAUGUGAUAAAAUUUUGGACAUCUUAUUUAUUUUGUAAUACUUCAGAAGUGUAUUCCAAAAUAUGCCUGUGCUCAGAGUGUUCAGUCAUUUUUUCAUACAGAUUAAAUCCUUCGACUACUUCUGAACUACAGCAUUACAAUCUGUUAUGCUGAGAUUAGAAUGUUGCCCUAAAUAAAUUGUAUGUAGUAAUAGAUUUGUAGCCUCCUCAAUAUGACUUUCCAGUAGACUAUAAAAAGAAGAAGGUAAAGAAAAUAUGCAUGAUGUUAUUAGCAUGCCCAUGAGUUGCUCUACCAGUACUAUUGAAGUGCAUAGUUACUUUACUUUUGAAUUUUAAAUUUCAUAUUUCAUAUUCAGACAACACUGCAUUUUUUGAUGUCACUAAGACUAUCAUUAAGGUGACUAACAGCAGUAACUGAUAAACAUUUAGCCUAGAUAUGUAUGCUUCUUAUCAUUCAAUAAAAGAUUGUCAUUUA